GUUUUUUUCAAGUCAGCUUAAUAUCUUGAAAAGAAAAAAACAAAAUUACAUAUAAUAAUUGUCUUAUAGAAAAAAUAGAGAUAUAUUAUCCAAUACCCUCUAGAAAUAUUUCGCUCAAAAUCUCGUAAAAUGAAGCUCUCUUACACUCUAAUUUUGGCUAUAAAUUUAGCCCUUUUCACUGCUAGUUCCGUUGCCACACCAAUUGGAAACAUAGAAAAUGGUGUUAUUAAUAAAAGAGGCAAUGAGGAUGAACCAAAAAUUCCUCCACCUCCUCCUGGUAAAUUUCCUGAUGGCCCCAAAGGUGUAGAUUUUGAUGGACUAAAAGGUCCCAAGGGUAAAGAUUUCGAUGGCCCAAAAGGUUCAAAAGGUCCAAAGGGUAAAGAUUUCGAUGGUCCAAAAGGCGAAGAUUUCGAUGGUCCAAAAGGUCCCGGUCCUAAAGAUGGACCAAAAUUUCCCCCUAAAGCAAAAUAAAUAAAAUAUUAAUCUAAAAAAAUAUAAUUUUAUAGUAUGUCAUUAAUUAUGUAUCGUAUCGUAUUCUAUUAAUAAAAUCGUAUAUUUAUUUCAAAUUAAAUUGUCAUGAUACAUGGUU